AUGGACACGGAAAAAUUAAUUCUUCUAAUUCAAGAAAGAGAAUGUUUGUGGAACCAGAAAAAUGACAAUUACCAUAGUAGAGAUGAUCAACGACGUAGUUGGAACGAAGUUGCCGAAGAAUCAAAGAUGAAAGUUGAAGAACUGAAGAAGAAAUGGAGAGGUCUAAGAGAUAUAUUCAGAAGGGAAUACAAAAAAACUACCACGCAUAGGUCUGGUGACUCAGGAGAAGAGUACAUCCCUAAAUGGCCUUUUUAUAAAAUACUGUUUUUUCUCAAAGAUACAAUAACUUCAAGAGACUUGAAAUGUAGCGUUCCUGAUGAAUCAGAGUCCGACCUUGUGCGUGAUUGUCCCACAGAAGAUGAUAGUGAAUCCAAUCACCAUCAACCAUCACAAGUUAGGUCACCAUCACCACAAACCCAAAUGCCACCAAUCUCUCGACAUGUUUUCAAGUCACCGCCAAAGAAGGUAGCCAAAGGGCCGAAGCACCCAUCUAAUUUCGACGAGAAACUCCUCCAAAUCGAGGAAGUUCAUCCUCACUAG